AUGGCUAAAAGACAUGCAUUGGAGGCGGUUGACCGUACAAUGAAAGAUAUCACUGGGGUGAUGCUCCCAUUUGGUGGAAAGAUAAUGGUUUUGGGAGGUGAUUUCAGACAAGUGUUGCCGGUCGUUAGACGUGGAACACGAGCACAGACUGUGGAUUCUAGCAUACGGAUGUCACCUCUUUGGUCUUCGAUUAUCAAGUUGCGGUUAACUAUAAAUAUGAGAGCACUAACCGAUCCAUGGUUCUCAGACUUUCUAUUACGUGUCAGUGAUGGAGUUGAAGAAACGGUGCACGGAAACUUUAUUCGCAUCCCUGAUGAUAUGGUAAUUCCCUUCACUAAAAAAGAAAAGCCAUUGCAUGCUUUGAUUGAUGCAAUCUUUCCAUCCUUUGAAAUUAAUAGAUCUGAACCAGAUUAUAUAAUUUCGCAUGCAAUAUUAUCCACAAGAAAUGAUAGUGUCGAUGAGAUUAAUGAUUAUUUGAUCGGCCGAUUCCAUGGAGAAGAGAGAAAUUACUAUAGUUUUGAUGAAGCCGUGGACGAUAUAAAUAACUUCUAUCCUGUGGAAUUCUUGAACACGCUCAGUGUCCUGUUUUUCUUAACUUGCAGGAUCUGUUUCUUUGUGCGCGUGUAUGAAUCCUUGAUGGUUGAUGGAAUCGACCGACACGUUAAGGUUCUUACUCUUUCGCCUCUUCAGUUUUAUCAAGGUGAAAGAGACCGAUUGAAGGAACAAAAUAGAAUGUACUACCAUGAGCAUUGGAAUAGUUCCAACCGUUUAAAAGGUGCAAGGAUUGACAAUCCGGUUUCUGUCUUCAUGGUCUGGUCGUUAAGGGGCAAGAUGGACGAAUUUACCCUUGCUAUAUUGUUGUUGAUUUUAUCUCCAGCAACGCAACAAUUAAUGUGGAUUGUAUAUAGAGUAUCAAGAGGUUUCCAAGUUAUGAAGCACAAUAUCUCUUGUAUUGUACAACCUUACGACGCACAUUAA